AAAAAAAAAUAAUAAAAAAAAAAAAAAAAAAAAAUUUUUUUUAACGUUUUUAAAUGAUUUACUUUCGUAUUAAAAAUAAUGAAAAAACUUUUUCACGAUAUGCCACAUCAUUUAUUCAACAAAUGUUUUGAAUGUACCAAAUCAAUAACUACUGAAAUGAAUUGGCAUCCAUCCACACUUACUUUAUCACCUCCUCCAAUCCAACUUCCUUUUCCACCUCCGAUCACAGCUCAAGAUAUCGUUUUAAAACGUCCAUCAUCUAAAAUUUGUUCAAAAAGUCCAAAUGCUUUUUUCAUUUAUCGUAAAGUUUAUUUUGAUCAACUUGCUUUAUUAAAUCAAAGAUUUAAAAUGACGGACGUUUCUAAAUUAGUUAGUUUAUAUUGGAAUAAUGAAUGUAGAGAAGUUAAAGAAGCAUAUAAGAAGAUAGCUCAGGAAGUUGAAUGUGAAUUAAAUAAGAGGAGAAAGAGAGAUCUUGUUUAUCCUGACAUUAAUUCGAAUUUUAAAAUUGCUAGAAGAAGGAAUAAAAAUAGUCAUAAUAAUAUUUCAAAGAAAAAGUGUGGAAAAUUAACGACAACAACAACAACACAUGACCGGGAUGAGAGUAAAACAAUUGAAAGAGGUGUAGUAAACCAACAAGGUGUAGUAAACCAACAAAGUGGUGCACAUUUUGAACUUACUUUUGGUUCAGAUAUGCAGCCUUUAAUUCACUCCUAUAAUGCGGAUUUCGAAAAUGUUUUGAUGGGAAAUUGUACUCUUAAUGAUACUAUAUCUUCAUCGUCUGAUGAGCCCACGAUUUUUACAGUUGUUACCGAGUCAAAUUGGAAUAACAACAACUCGGAAACGAUUUUGGGUCAAAACGGUAUUCAAGAUGAUGGUUAUGAUGGUUAUGAUGGUUACGAUGGUUACGAUGGUUACGAAUUAGAUGGUGAUGUUGACCCCGACGUUCUUGAUCCAACCCCCGCACAAUCAAUUAUCAAACAGUCGCUCGUUGAGAAUAAUCUCAACGCUCAAAAUGUCGCAUUUGAAGAAUUCUGCUUCGAUGAUAAUACCAACCUAAACUGGUAUUUGCAGAACUUUUUUUAAUUUUUUUUUUUUAUUAUUUUCAAUAUUUUUAUUUUGGGUACCCAAAACGAACGAAACAACGAUACAAAAAAAUUUUAUUUAUUUAAUUAUUUUUUUUUUUUUUUUUUUUU